AUGCCUAGAACGCAUUUAUUACGUGUAAAGCAUGUUAAUCCAAUCGGUGAUCGUCCAUUGAUUAUUCGACCUGUACCAGGAUAUCCAUUUACACAGACUAGUCAAUUAGGCUGGUAUCAUAUUGAAAUUGAUCAUAAUGAUAGAAAUGCAAUACUAUAUUUAUCUGGUGAACAACGUAUUGAACGAUAUGGACUGUUUAAUUUAUCUACAGAGGAUACAAUGGAAAUAUGUCCAUGGGAUCAGUUAACUAUUGAUGAUUUUGGUGUAAAUAAUGAAAUUAUUACAGGUGUUUACAUGAAGCAUAUAAAGCCUGCUAAAGAAUUUUAUAUACUAACAAGUAAACAUGUUAUUCAACUAUCAAAAUUUAUUCAGUUAUGUGAAGCAUUUAAAAUAUCAAGUGAUUGUAUCAAUUCAAAGUUAUCUACAUGUAAAUGGAAUAUUGAAACAAAUACAUGUGAAAUUAAAACAAAAUCUUCAAUAUUAGAUUAUGAUAUAAUAUCUAAUACAUUAAAUAAUAUGCAUACUGUACAUCAUAAUACUAUUGAAAAGAAAUUUUAUCAUAAUCAUGAUUUUCUAUCAAAAUUUUCUACUACAAAUCUAAAUUUUUGUUUAUUUGAUAAAUUAAAUUAG